GGUGCUCAGGCAGACUGGAGGUGAAGACCGACCAGUCGUGGUCCUCAGUGUGUGAAAAAGACUUUGACCUGCAGGAUGCAAAGGUGGUCUGCAGGGAGAUUGGCUGUGGGCCUCCUCCAGUCCACCGGGGGGCGCUCUACGGAGAAGCAGAGGCUCCAGUGGGGAGCAGAGAGUUCCUGUGUGAAGGCAGUGAGUCUGCUCUGCUGAAAUGCUGCAGAAGGAAGAGUUCAGGUAGAAACAGCUGCUCACCUGGUCAAGCUGUUGGACUCACCUGUUCAGCACCCAUCAGGUUGGUGGGAGAGGCCAGCCGAUGUGCUGGGAUACUGGAGAUGUUACAUCAAGAAAAGUGGAGACCAGUGGAUGUUUCGUCUCAUUACUGGAACAUGAACUCAGUUGCUGUGGUUUGUGCUGAACUGGACUGUGGUUCUGCUGUUUCAGCAAGAAAUUCAAAGGAAGAUUCAGUGAGACCAGUUUGGUGGAUCUGGUCUGACUGUUUUAAGUCAGGAUCUGCAUUAAAUAACUGUUUACCUGAUGAUAAAAACAGUGAUCAGAGCCAUGAGUUCAUCUGCUCAGACUCAGUCAGGCUGGUUCAAGGGACCAACCGGUGCUCAGGCAGACUGGAGGUGAAGACCAACCAGUCGUGGUCCUCAGUGUGUGAAAAAGACUUUGACCUGAAGGAUGCAGAGGUGGUCUGCAGGGAGAUUGGCUGUGGGCCUCCUUCAGUCCUCCAGGGGGCGCUCUAUGGAGAAGCAGAGGCUCCAGUGGGGAGCAGAGAGUUUCUGUGUGAAGGCAGUGAGUCUGCUCUGCUGAACUGCAGCAGCAGGAAGAGUUCAGGUAGAAACAGCUGCUCACCUGGUCAAGCUGUUGGACUCACCUGUUCAGACAACUUCAGGUUGGUGGGAGAGGCCAGCCGAUGUGCUGGGAGACUGGAGAUGUUACAUCAAAAAGAGUGGAGACCAGUGGAUGCUUGGAAUCGUUACUGGAACAUGAACUCAGCUGCUGCAGUUUGUGCUGAACUGGACUGUGGUUCUGCUGUUUCAGCAAGAAAUUCAAAGGAAGCUUCAUACAGACCAGUUUGGUGGAUCAGUUUUGACUGUUUUCAGUCAGUAUCUGGAAUAAAGAACUGUGUACCUUAUGAUAGAAACAGUUAUCAGAGCUUUGACUUCAUCUGCUCAGACUCAGUCAGGCUGGUUCAAGGGACCAACCGGUGCUCAGGCAGACUGGAGGUUAAGACCAACCAGUUGUGGUCCUCAGUGUGUGAAAAAGACUUUGACCUGAAGGAUGCAGAGGUGGUCUGCAGGGAGAUUGGCUGUGGGUCUCCUUCCGUCCUCCAGGGGGCGCUCUAUGGAGAAGCAGAGGCUCCAGUGGGGAGCAGAGAGUUCCUGUGUGAAGGCAGUGAGUCUGCUCUGCUGAACUGCAGCAGCAGGAAGAGUUCAGGUAGAAACAGCUGCUCACCUGGUCAAGCUGUUGGACUCACCUGUUCAGAACAAGACAACUUCAGGUUGGUGGGAGAGGCCAGCCGAUGUGCUGGGAGACUGGAGAUGAAACAUCAAGAAGAGUGGAGACCAGUGGAUGUUGGGUAUCGUAACUGGGAGAAGAACUCAGCUGCUGCAGUUUGUGCUAAACUGGACUGUGGUUCUGCUGUUUCAGUACGAAAGUCACAGAAAGCUUCAUACAGACCAGUUUGGAAGAUCAGUUCUGACUGUUGGCAGUCAGGAUCUGGAUUUAAGAACUGCUUACCUCAUGAUGACAACAGUUAUCAGAGCCAUGAGUUCAUCUGCUCAGGUCUGCUGGUUGAGCCGCUCAUCUUCCUCUCUUCCUCCACUGACGGGGUUUCCACAGGCAGAAAGCAGGGGUCUGAGCUCCUCAUUGGCUCAAGUUUCAGCAUCAUGUGCUCCAUCAGACCUCAGUAUGAAGGCGGCUCCUUCCAGCUCAUCUUCAGCACCUCUAACUACACUCAGAACCACACCCUGCCAGCUGUUAAUCACUCCGCCCUCUUCCUGUUCUCUGCUGCUGGCCACGCCCACCAAGGAACCUACCGCUGCGUUUACCACGUCUACGUUUUCUUCUAUAACUUCUCCUCUAUGAGCCAGCCUCUCAACCUCACUGUCUCAGGCAAAGUCAUGGAGUCCAUCAGGAAAAGUUCUGCUUCAGUUUCAGUCUCUCUACCUGCUUUGAUCAUCAGUCUGGUUUUUGUCCUACUGGGUUUGCUGGGAUCAGUCCUGGUCCUCUACUUUAAGGCCAGGAGAAACCAGAUGUCUGGACCAGAAAACAUCCUCCUCCAUGAUGAAGGAUCCAGAGCUGAAGGCAGCUUAGAGGAGGAGACUGCAGACUGAAGGAACCAGGAGAAAAUGAUCUUCAUUUCACAUCCACAGGAAGGAGCAGAGAGAUGUUUCAGACUCCUAGAAAUCUAUUCGUCUAUGUAUCUAUGAUAAAAUGUCUCUGUGCUCCUGCAGCAGGAAGGAAGUUCAACAUUCAGAAAUUUGUAUCUGGACUAAACCUACUUAAAUAAAACUUAUACAAGAAGGGAACACAAAACAUUUAACAAACAAAAUAUAACAGAAAAUCCACUUCAUCAAAAUCUGAUCUUCAUCAACUUUGCAAGGAGGGCAUAUGAUAGGAUAUUUGGGGUCAAAGGUCAGGUAGCCAAUUCCAUUCAGGUCCUGAUCUCAGCUUGUGUCCUUGUCUUAGUUUGGGUUAUGAAUUGUUGUGAAAAAUGUAAUAUAGUUCAUUCUGGCUUGUAAUACAAUGUCCUGCCUGUAGGUGGUGUAGUCAUCACUGCCAUAAUAACCCAUCCAAUACAUCCAGUUCCUACAAGUCUGAACCAGAUGUGAUCCAUCUUAGUAGUGAAGUGCAUGUACAAUGCAUAGUGGACCCAUGGCUUCGAGACCAUGGCUUUGUAAAGGAGAUACAAACUCUGUGUGAAUAAUGAGGUUCUGGUGACUCGCAGACCAAGUACAUGCAGUAAAAAACAUGCAGCAACAAACAAAAAGAAAACAUGCAGACACUCUUGACCAAUGUUGUGAAAACUGGUGAACUGUAGAGUGGUGAGAUCUUUCCAGGUAUAUGCAGAAAAUUAUUCAUAAAGGCCUGAGAGGCAUAAGUAAUCUUGCAUUUUGAUUUACUGUUGAUUAAAAACAUACAUGUUCUUGUAUUUUAUCUACUAAUUGAUUAUGAAAAUUUUUUUGUGUGUUAUAUUAAUGAUUAUAAAAUAAGGAUUUUUGUACUUUGAUUUACUGAUGAUUAUACAAAGAAUUGAUGUAAUAAAGAGCAGAUUAAGAAAUGAACACAAUGAAUGAAUGGUGAAUAGAAUUGACCUCAGAUGAUUAUUAUAAGAUGUUAUGUUUGAAUAAAAAUAGAAAGUUGUUUAUGUUGAAUGAUUUAUGAUAAUCUACAGAAUUGUAACUGAAGUAAUGAUACAUUGUGAGGCGAAGUGACAUGUUUUUCACAGACUGUGUUGUAACUGGAGCAGAUGUCAAAGCUGAGCUGAGCGGGAAGGCAGUGGAGUUCCACAGAGAAACUAAGAUGUUUUCUUCAUAACUAGAUUGGGGAAGUAAGCCAGAUGGUCAGUCUGCAGGCAGCAGAAAAGGAGAAGUAAGACGUUAAAGGCAUUGACUACUGUGAGUAAGCCAGACGUGUCUGGCUUACGUUGUGUCUGCAUACUCUGACAAUACGUUUAUACGUAUUGUCAGAGUAUGCACACACCCAUCUCCAUGUAGCACACUUAUUAUACAGACACAGAUAGGCUGCUUGUCCUCUGUGAAAUUCAGAAUUUUUGUGGUUUCCGCAGUCUAGAACUUCACAGGUGGUAAGUCUAACCGUAAUCUGAGUGUUUUCAGAAUAAAGAAUAACCAUGUAUCUAUAUUUGGGGCCUUCUUCAGCUAAGUUAGUGACACAGGGGGUUAUCAAUUCAUCUGGGGGCCUUGGGGCUUUUAUUUGUAUGGCAUUAACACCAACAGGGUGGUCAUC